AUGACAACAGCACCAUCAUCAGGUCUUUCACCUGAAGCCAAAGAAUUUGUACCAUUGGUACAAAAUCCAACAGCAAGCAUUCCAUUAUAUGUUGACGAAAAUACUGUAGCAUCUAUUUAUCCAUCGGAUCAUCAGUCUUUAAUGGUGCAAUCAAUUUAUCCAAUGAUUUUAACUAAUUCAAAAAUAGCCGAUAAUAUUCAAUUUCCUGAAAUCGAAUUUCAUAUUCAAUCAUCACAACAACAACAAUUUCAUAUUGAUUCAUGCACAAAUCUUCAGCAUCAACAACAAUCCUUAACUAAUGGAAAUACAUCUUCAUCUAAUACAUCACAAAUUGUUCUUUUACCAAUAACCAAUCCAACAAAUACAGUUACAUUAACAGGUUAUUAUCCUGAAUCACAAAUCAUUUAUUCAACAAAUGAACAAGUAUCUGCAUAUUAUCCGAUGGAUUAUUGUGAGCAACCAUUAAUAAAUUUUUCUUUUCAACAACCAUCAUCAAUGACAAAAUCCAAUCGUAUUUUUUCUCAACAGACAAGAUCUUCUUCAUUUCGUCAAGAUUAUGGAAUGAGUAAUUCAACACAUCGUCCAUCGUCAUCUCGCGGUGGAAAUCGGGGUAGUGGGCAUAAUAAUAAUCCUAAUCGAAAUCCCUAUUACGAUUAUCCGAAUCGUCGAAAUGGUUCAUCCUAUAUACCAAAUUCGGGGCGAGGAAAUUCAGCAAAUAGUAAACGAAUAUCAUCGUCGUAUCAUCAAAAUGAUUAUAAUAAUAAUUAUUAUCACGGAUCAAGGUCAAGAGGUUAUGCGCCACGUUCAUCGCAACAACAUGAUGAACGUCGAAAAGAUCAUAAUCAUGAUUAUUACAAUCAUGAUGGUGAUUCUCAACAAUUCGGCCAUCUCAAUGACGAUGAAUCACAGUUUGAAUUUCGACCCGAAGAUUUUCCAAGUCUACCAAUAAACAAUCAACAACCUGAUAAAAGUUCAUCUCCAGUUAACAAUGUGUCCAAUAAUACAAAACCUGCAUCAUCUUGGAAUGCCAUCGUUUCUGCUUCACGACGCCGUUCUACUUCUCCACAAUCUGUCCCUCAAUCUCAAGAUCAACGAUCUGAUCGUAGUCGCUCGUUUAACAAUAAAUUAUCAACAAAUAAUGAACGAAAAUUAUCAACUAAAAAGUCGAUUCUUCAAGCAGCAACGAAAUCAGCAAAUAGUGCUUCCAAAAAUAAUUCACACGAGGAUCAACAACGUUCUCAAUCGUUAACUAUUAGUAAUUCUUCAAUGAUUGAAAAGAAUGACGAUAAAGAUGAUGGUUUCAUUCAAACAAAACAACAGCAUAGACGGUUGAAACGUAAAAAUAAAAAUAAAGAUGAAUCCACAACAUUUACCGGCCCAUCCUCAUUUACAAACGAAUCAGCACCAUAUAUUCUUGACGAUGAAAAUGCUUUUCCUACUUUAGGACAAAAUGCUUUAUUAGAUUUAUCAACUAAUGAAAAAUUCGAAAAUGAUUGCAAUGAAGAACUGAUAGAUAGAUCAAAUCAAAUGUCUUUAACUGAUGCGUUGAGUACAUCGACACAAGUCAAACAAGAAAAUUCGCAUCAUAAAAUGAGUACUACUACAAUAAAUAAUCCAACGCAUUCAUUAGAUUCUAAAUCAAUUUCAAAACCUGUUAAAGAACGUAAAUCACGUAAAUCAACUAAAUUUAAGCGUAGUAUUAAUAAAGAACUUGAAGACAAUCAAAACCAACGACAAUUAUCAUUGUCAAAUGAAACUAGUGAAAAAAAACAAUCGAAUGAAAACAAAAUUCAAAAGGAAACUGAUACAAGUGCAGCAAUUGUUAAUGAAACAGAUCACCAAAAGUCAAAUCCAUUAUCUUCAAGCAGUAAUAAUAGUAGUGACACCAGUGAUUAUGAUGAUGCAGUUGACAAUUUUGACGAUGAAUGA